AUGGGUACCGCUCACAGCGCACUGCAGCAAUGCAUCGAGGGUGUUGGAAACGGCAGGACUGACUUUGCCGGUUUCCCCAGCAGCCCGGUUACCUACCAGUCGUUCUGGGUGCGCCCGUAUAACCUUGACAUCUCGGUCAAUCCCGCGGGAGUUGUUCGCCCGCAGACUGCCUCCGAGGUAUCUGGGAUCAUCAAGUGCGCUGCCGCACAUAACGUCAAAGUGCAGGCUAGGUCUGGUGGACAUUCGUAUGGUAACUAUGGAAUUGGCGGUGCGGAUGGAGCCCUCGUCAUCGACUUGGUCAAUUUCCAGCAGUUCAGCAUGGAUAACAGCACCUGGCAGGCCACCGUCGGCGCAGGCACCAGACUGGGGCAAAUGUCGGAGAACCUACACAACGCGGGAGGGCGGGCCAUCACUCACGCUGUCUGCCCUGGCGUCGGCGUCGGCGGGCAUGCUACUAUCGGAGGACUCGGCCCUACGUCUCGCAUGUGGGGGUCCACGUUAGACCAUGUUGUCGAGGUCGAAGUGGUGACGGCGGACGGUGAGAUCCGGCGGGCAAACAGCUCUCAAAACUCCGACCUCUUUUGGGCACUCAGGGGCGCCGCAUCAGGAUUUGGCGUCAUCACCGAGUUCGUCUUCAAGACACACCCAGAACCAGGCGACAUCGUCCAAUACGAGUACAAUGUCAAGUUCGGAAACCCGGCCGAGAUCGCCCCCUUCUACUCGAAAUGGCAAGAUAUGAUCGCCGACCCGGAACUCGACCGUAGGCUCGGCACCAUCUUCAUCAUGCUCCCGUUCGGCGCCAUCAUCACAGGGGACUUUUACGGCACCAAAGAAGAGCUCAAAGCCACUGGCAUCCUGGAUAUGUUUCCGCAACCUUCCGAGAGUACCCUUGUGGUAAAGAGUUGGCUGGGGGCGCUCGCGAAUAGCGCCCAGAAGGAGAACCUGUACCUAUCCGACCUUCCGGUCCCCUUUUACUCCAAGAGCAUCGGCUUCAAGAGGGAGGACCUGCCCACGGCCGACAAGAUUCAGGACCUUUUCCAGUGGGUGAAUGACCAGGACAAAGGGACAGUCGCCUGGGCUAUUAUUUUCGAUGCUACCGGCGGCGCUGUGGGCGACGUGCCAACCAACGCCACAUCCUUUGUGCACCGUGACAAGAUUCUCUACUAUCAGUCGUAUGCCGUCGGCCUUCCGCUGUCUCAGAAGUCCAAGGACUUUAUCACCAAUUUCCAUAACGAGGUCGUGGGCAAGUGUUCGCCAAAGGCUUACGGGACGUACCCCGGCUACGUCGACCCUAAGUUGUUGAGUGCGCAGCAGCAGUACUGGGAGUCAAACCUACCAAGGCUUCGUGAGGUUAAGAAGAUCUGGGACCCGACAGACCUCUUCCACAACCCACAAAGCGUUAAGGGCGUGGAAUAA